UGUGACAUACCCGGAGUUCCACACGAUGACCUCGAGUUCAAGAGUACACAAAAUGGCGGCUGUAGGGCAAGAAUUUUGCAAGUUUUUCCUUUACCAGUAGAAGAGUUGGAGCAAGAACGACAGUCAUUUUCAGGUAUUUUGAUUCUCUUUACUGUAAAUUUUUAGUCAGUUGUCGGGUUUUACCGUACACGCGAAAAAAACUGUCAGCGUCGUGAUCUUCAAUUAUUUAUCCCUCGAUUCUUCAACACUUGUUCAUCGGAGUGCAUGAGGGAUAAUUGUAAAAGUACACUAUAGUAUUUUGAUUUGCUGUCUAAUUCCGCCUCUGCCCGCCAUUUUACAUUGUUUGUGUUUCUAGUCAGUGAGAGGACUGAACCACAUUAUUUUCAGUCAGCUGGAAUGCAAUGAAAAUGAGGAGAGAGUCGUUUUGCGGCUACAGGCUUGUUUCGGCCUGCAUCGCGCUCAAUUACACGUUUACUUGUUACUUUGUUUUAUUUGUAAACACACUUGCAAGACGAUAAAAGGUGCGCCUAAGACGCCUAAUAAAUAAUGAGCCUCUGAAAAUUCCACUUCAUUUAAAAAAAACAUUCCGAGUACAGGAGUACCCCGAUUGCCACACAUUUUCCAUUCGCCGUUUAAAUAUCCCGCCCCACGCGUGUGAGGGAGGAAAUACAAGCGCGUUUUCUCCUUCCUCGCGGGCGCCACGUGCAUUCUUAUGUGCGCGCCAUAAUUCUUAUGCACCUACUACAAAGGGAAGGAUGAGGUUGGAUAAAAACUCGUACCCUUCGGGUAACCAAUGCUUUACCAUCUGAGUUAGCAACGUACCGAACAAGUUAACGAAACUUUGCCGGAGGUCGCUUGGUAUAUUAAAAUUUCCUCAGGCGUGGGAUUGCAGUUUCUACUUGUAGCUUAUUUUACUACUAUUGACCCUGUUUAGCGGGGAGGCGCGUGAUAAACAUAUAUGACCCUACAUUGAUAUAACUUGCUCUGCAAUAAGCAGCAAAUACGAUAAUGCUGUUUUUAUACAAGCGGAAAAAAUAAGAGGAUAAGAGUACAGAUCACACAGCAGAAUUACAGUUUUGCUUUUGUCAAUAAGUUUAAUUAAAUAUUAUUUACAGUAAUAAAUAUACCAAAAAUCGAUUGCACUUCACAAAGAUUAGAAUUUGUACAUAUCUUACACCGUAACAAGUAUGUGCCGAGUGAUAUUGUCGUCCACGGACUUAUUUCAGAUUGAUUCGAAGGACUGUCUACAUAUAGUACGUGUUCGAUGCUAAUUACUUAAACUUUUUCUUGUCAAAAAUAAUGAAAUAUUAUUUGCAGUAGUGACCAGAUUGCACUAUUCAAAUAACUUGUUAACAAAAAUUUGAAAUUAUUAAAACUUUUACGUGCGCCGUAGUUUAGUCGCUUAUGGACUUGCGUCAGAUUCAAAGCUCAUGCAACGAAGGGAUUGUUGGCAUUUUGUACGCGUUUUAAGACAACUGGACUUCUAUUCUUCACCCCAGGCAAUGGCGAUUCCAGAGAGAGAUGCCUCCCGCUAGGAAUUGUACUUUCCGAUUGCAAUCUACGUAGUGGCAGUUCCGGCCCAGUACUCCAUACAGGAAAAAAUACCCCUGGGAUAACUGGAGGGUGUGGUCAGACUAAGAACGUAACAGAACCACUGUUACAAUUCCCCGGCCAAGCAGUGGCGAUCCCCGCAAACCAUGAAUUGAGAGGGAGGUUUUCAUCGAAGGGUGCCAGACCGUUGCUGGAUCAAUGCACUCUAUAG